AUGUUUGUGACGUUCCAUGGAACCCACAGUGUUGUUUAAAACUAGAUUCUGAUUGGCUUGCAGGUCAUUCUACAGUGUAAAUUAUAAAUGAAAACGUGUUUUUAUAUCAGUGUUACAGAUUCACAUUACCGAGUGUGUCUCAACCCGUACCGCGCUUUUAUCUGCCUAAAGGUAUCUUCACGCACGACUGGACAGGCCUUUUGGAUACGCUUGUCCAAGGUAAGGAUAUGCGUCAAGCUAUAGCCUAAAUAACAUGGACCAAUGUUUUAAUGGAGGUAAGCACUACACUUCUGAUGGGUUUAAAGAUUGUAUUACAUUAUCUAAUAGUGAGAAAGUAAACCCCAGCUGUUAUUCUUUUCACAGGGAAGGACAAUCCCCAUUAUGUCAUGAACGUUUCAUUGAUGAACAACCAUAGAUAUUUUCCCUCCAAUUUGGCUCCUGUUCCUCCAACAGUGAGAAAGACCUGCCAGCAGAGCUCACUGGAGCAGGGAGACAUGCCGUCAUCCUUUUGGCGCCUGACAAAGCUUGAGAUUCAGAUCCUGCUGAACGAUGUUAAGCAGUCGAUUAACCACAUGCAGGGGACGCUGAACACCAUGCAGGGGCAGUGUAUUGAGUUGCAGACUGCCAUGUCUAAGGUAGUGUCAGAUGAGUCUCAGAGUGAUCUUCCUUGGCCUCAUCACAUGUCUCAGUUGCUCCUCCUUUGGAGGGAGGGGGACACCACCACGGGACAGCCCCUACACUUAUCGCUAGAGAUCGAACUUCAGACUCCCUCCAAAACCACUGAACCCCUCAACACACCGAAAGAGUUUAUGAUGCACACCCUUAGAGGGCGCCGGAACAGGAUAACUCCCUCCACCCUCACAAAGACACAGAGGAGGAGGAACUAUCCAACACCCAGGAAGAGAGAACGAGUGACCUCAAUCAAACACAGCCAGAAAGUGGAGGUGGAAGAGGCAUUAGAUAGAUGGAGGAGGUUACCCCAGAGGCCAUUCCUCCUGUUCAUGUGAGCAAGAAAGAGCAGAUGGCUUCUGAUCAGCCAAAUGGCAGGCAGAGGGAGAGGUCAUAGUGAUUCACACCCACAGAGAAAGACAACCCACACAAGCUCUUAGUUGAGAUGAACCACACAGAGGUAGAGGCAGAGGGCUUUCAGGCCUAGCAAGUCAGCCUGCCUGCUCUAAUCCUCAAGUCAAGAUUUGUAUUCAAUAAUUGAGAAGUCCCAUUUACUUAAUGAUCAUUUUUCACUGUCUUCAACCCUCAAGAACCAGGGUGAGUCUGGGUCACCCUUUUACUGGGCAGAUAGAACUUGCAUAUCG